UGGCACGUCUCUGAUUCGUGCGCGGCCACAUUCAUGGCUGAUGUCCCUAUCAAUCCAGGCAUAAUUGCCUUUUGGGAUGAUGUGAGCUUUCAGGUAAUCGCCGAUAAGGUCGUCUUGAUUUUCCUUUCUUCGCCCCGGGCGCAAGUUCCUGUACGUGUACGACGGUGCUGUCCUGCUACCCCACCAUCGACGACUGCUUUGCUCUGAGAAUUGGCCACAGAAGCAACCCCGGCAUGCUGAUUCUAUAGAUCCGUUGUUUCCUCCUGUCCAUUCUGAGGCGUCUGAUCGAACUCUUUCGACAUGGCUCCAGGCCUCCUUGACCCGGCGGCGACGGCUGAGAAAGUCGUCUCGCUAUCUUCCUUGACCGAGACCUACGACGAUACAAUCCGCUUUUACCUCAAUGGCACCAAGGUCGAGCUGGACGCUUUUGACCCUGAAAUCACUCUGCUGGAAUACUUGAGGGGCGUUGGGUUGACAGGCACAAAACUGGGCUGCGCAGAAGGUGGAUGCGGUGCCUGCACAGUUGUGGUCUCGCAGCUGAAUCCUACCACCGGCAAGAUCUAUCAUGCUUCAGUCAAUGCCUGUCUAGCCCCUCUCGUCAGUGUCGAUGGCAAGCAUGUCGUUACAAUUGAAGGCAUUGGAAACACGAAAAGCCCACAUCCGGCACAACAGAGAAUUGCCAUGGCCAGUGGCAGCCAGUGCGGGUUUUGUACACCUGGAAUAGUGAUGAGCUUGUAUGCUCUUCUCAGGAACAACAGCUCAGAGCCAACAGAAGAAGAGGUUGAAGAAGCCUUCGACGGCAAUCUCUGCCGCUGCACUGGCUACAGACCCAUUCUCGAUGCUGCUCAAAGUUUCAACAAGAAAUGUGGACGAUCCGUUGCCAAUGGCGGCUCCGGCUGCUGUAUGGAAAAUGGCGGCGCAUGCAAUGGCGGCGCAAAGGGUGCGAAUGGUGCAGACGAGGCUGCAGAGAAGAAAUUUACACCUCCAUCCUUUAUUCAUUACGACAAAUCGACCGAGUUGAUAUACCCUCCGGCACUCAAGAAACACGAGUUCAAGCCUCUCGCAAUUGGAAACAAGAGGAAGAAGUGGUACAGACCGACGACACUCCAGCAACUCCUUGAGAUCAAAAGCGCCUACCCUCAAGCCAAGCUCAUUGGCGGCAGUACCGAAACCCAGAUCGAGAUCAAAUUCAAAGCCAUGUCAUACCCGGCCUCGGUCUAUGUGGGCGACAUCGCAGAGCUCCGAAGAUACUCGUUCCAUGAUGACUACCUUGAGAUUGGUGGCAAUGUUGCGUUGACAGAUCUAGAGUGCAUCUGCGAUGAAGCCGUUAAGCAUUACGGCCCCACUAGGGCACAGCCAUUCAAGGCCAUCAAGAAGGCUAUCAGAUACUUUGCAGGCCGUCAGAUUCGCAACGUCGGCACUCCGGCUGGCAAUCUCGCGACCGCUUCUCCUAUCUCUGAUCUCAAUCCAGUCUUUGUCGCCACGAACUCUACAUUGAUUGCCAAGUCACUGAAGAAGACCACAGAAAUUCCAAUGUCGAGCUUCUUCAAGAGCUAUAGAGUGACAGCAUUGCCUGAGGACGCCGUCAUUGCAGCAAUGAGAGUCCCGAUUGCCGCCGAAAAGGGAGAGUAUAUGAGAACUUACAAGCAGGCAAAGAGGAAAGAUGACGACAUCGCAAUCGUCAAUGCGUGCUUGAGAGUGGCCAUUGACGACUCUUACAAGGUUCAAAGUGCCAAUCUGGUGUACGGAGGCAUGGCUCCUGUGACCGUCCUUGCAAAGAAUGCGUCUGAAUAUAUUGUUGGCAAGACGUUUACAGAUCCCCAAACACUCGAAGGUGUGAUGAAUGCUUUGGAAAAAGACUUCAAUCUACCCUUCGGUGUACCAGGUGGCAUGGCCACGUAUCGAAAGUCCCUGGCACUUGGCUUCUUCUACCGUUUCUAUCACGACGUCCUUGCGAACAUUGAAAAAGUCAGUAAACAAGCGGAUAAAGAAGUCAUCGAAGAGAUUGAAAGGGAAAUCUCUCGCGGUCAGAAAGACCAUGAUGCAACGGCGGCAUAUACGCAACGGGUGCUUGGUAAAGCCAAUCCCCAUCUUGCUGCUCUUAAGCAAUGCACUGGUGAAGCCCAGUACACGGACGAUAUCCCAGUGCAGCAAAAUGAGCUGAUCGGUUGUCUCGUCCUGUCAACCAAGGCACAUGCUAAGAUCAAGGUGGACGCCAGCCCUGCUUUGGAUUUCCCUGGUGUUGUUGCUUGGGCUGAUAGAAACGAUGUGGUCAACCCACAAGCGAACUGGUGGGGUGCUCCUGUGUGCGAUGAAGUCUUCUUCGCCGAGGAUGAAGUUUUCACUGCUGGUCAGCCCAUUGGUAUGAUCCUCGCCAAAACAGCUCAGCAAGCUGCCGCCGGUGCGCGUGCUGUCUUGAUACAGUAUGAAGAGCUCCCUGCCAUUUACACGAUCGAAGAAGCAAUUGAGAAGCAAAGCUUCUUCGAGCACUACCGAUACAUCCGCACAGGUGACGUUGACAAGGCAUUCGCGGAGUGCGACCACGUCUUUGAGGGGAUAGCAAGAAUGGGUGGCCAAGAGCACUUCUACCUCGAGACCAAUGCUUGCCUUGCCAUCCCUAAGCCGGAGGAUGGUGAGAUGGAGGUGUGGUCGAGCACGCAAAACCCGACAGAGACCCAAGCUUACGUGGCUAAGGCACUGGGCGUGCAGAACAACAAGAUCGUAUCGAAGGUCAAGCGUCUUGGUGGUGGGUUUGGCGGCAAGGAAACCCGCUCCAUCCAGCUCUCCACCAUAUGCGCCGUUGCCGCCAACAAGGUCAGACGACCAGUGAGAUGCAUGCUCAAUCGAGACGAAGAUAUCAUGACGUCCGGCCAAAGACAUCCAUUCUUUGGUAUUUGGAAAGUUGGCGUCAACAAAGACGGCAAGAUCAAGGCGUUGAAAGCCAACGUCUUCAACAACGGCGGGUGGUCACAAGAUCUAUCCGCCGCUGUCGUCGACCGAGCCCUUUCUCACAUCGACGGCUGCUAUAACAUCCCCAACAUUGACGUAGACGGCCGCAUCUGCAAGACCAACACGGUGUCGAACAGCGCCUUCCGCGGCUUCGGCGGUCCUCAGGGCAUGUUCAUCGCUGAAACAUACAUGUCGGAAGUCGCCGACCAUCUAGGCAUGUCCGUCGACAAGCUCCGCGAGAUCAAUUUCUACAAAGAUGGUGAAGAAACACAUUUCAAACAAGCUCUCGAAGACUGGCACGUGCCCCUCAUGUGGAAACAAGUCAAAGAGUCCGCCGAGUACGAAGCCCGGCGCAAAGCCGUUGACGAGUUCAACGCGACGCACAAAUGGCAGAAGAAAGGCCUUGCCAUGAUACCGACCAAGUUCGGCAUUUCCUUUACCGCGCUCUUCCUCAACCAAGCCGGUGCUCUAGUGCAUAUUUACCACGACGGCUCCGUCCUCGUGGCCCACGGUGGCACGGAAAUGGGCCAAGGCCUUCACACAAAGAUCUGCAUGAUCGUCGCCGAGGCACUGCAAGUCCCACUCUCGGACGUGCACAUCUCAGAGACCGCAACCAAUACCGUCGCCAACUCAUCUAGUACCGCCGCCUCGGCAUCGUCCGAUCUGAACGGCUAUGCCGCGUACAACGCGUGUAUGCAGAUCAACCAGCGCCUGGCACCGUAUCGCGAGAAACUCGGCUCCGGCGCGACCAUGAAACAGCUCGCGCAUGCGGCGUACUUCGACCGCGUCAAUCUUAGCGCGAACGGGUUCUACCGCACACCCGAGAUCGGGUAUAUCUGGGGUCCCAAUCCCGCCGACCCCUCGCUUGAGAACACGGGCAAAAUGUUUUUCUACUUCACCCAAGGCGUGACGGCGUCCGAGGUGCUGAUCGACACGCUGACAGGCGACUGGACGCCGCUGAGGACGGACAUCAAAAUGGACGUGGGCAGAAGUAUCAAUCCUGCCAUUGACUACGGGCAGAUUGAGGGCGCCUACGUCCAGGGCCAGGGACUGUUCACGACCGAGGAGUCUCUGUGGCACAGGGCGUCCGGGCAAAUUUUCACGCGCGGGCCCGGCGCGUACAAAAUCCCCGGGUUCAGGGAUAUCCCGCAGGAAUUCAACGUCAGUCUGCUGAAGGAUGUCGAGUGGAAGAAUCUCCGGACCAUACAGCGGAGUCGGGGUGUCGGCGAGCCCCCAUUGUUCAUGGGCAGUGCCGUGUUCUUUGCGAUUCGAGAUGCGCUCAAGGCAGCUCGAAAGCAGUACGGUGAGGACAGCGUGUUGACCCUGAGGAGUCCUGCGACACCGGAACGGAUUAGGAUUUCGUGCGCGGAUCCGAUUCUCAAGAGGUGCGUCGUCGAGCCGAGGGAGGGGGAGAAGAGUUUCUUCGUUUCGAUCUAGGCGUUUUGCUUUGAGAUGGUGUAUUCGGAUGAUGCGGUUCGAAUCGUCGUCGCCCAUUAGUGCUAGGCAGGAUUCCGCAAGACGGGUAGCUUCAAUGUGUCAGGCCAUCAGCCUGAGGUUCUUGCGUGGGAGGAGUACACGGAGUACAAUAUCACGCAACAGUAUGGUAGUUGAAAUAUACCUUUCUUUUUCCGGUUCAUGUCAAUCUGGCCGAUGAUCUUGUCGUACAUUCCAAAAAAUCUAUGGAUGCC